AUGAUGCCACAAAGGGACGCUCAGUCCGGAAUCAUGAACGAGAAGAGAGGAAUUUUCAUGCUGGUGCUGCUGUCGGUGUCGAUCGAGAGAGGAGAAUCCGUGGCGCAGCAGAAAUUCAUGAAGGUGAAUCGAGGAGGGAGGGUCUUCCUCACUCCGAACCUCGUCCAAACGAAGGCUGGAAGCAGUACGGAGUGUGCCUUUCAGUGCAUCGGCAACAGCAACUGCGUCGCCUUUCAUUGGCUCCCUUCAGGAGGGACCUGCCAGCUGGUGCCAGGCGACGGCACCGUCAUGGACGUCCGAGACGGAGGGGGAUUGGAGCUCUACCAACCGGAAGCCAUGGCCAAGGGUGAGACGCGAGAGCACACGUUCUGCCCAUUGACCCUUUAA